AUGGAGCUUCUGUGCGCGGAGCGCGUGAGUCCCGAUAGCGGCGAUGUGGGCCGGGCACCGCCGGCGGUGCGAGCCCACCGGGCCGCCGCGCCGGACCCGGUGCUGCUGCGGCGCCGCGUGCUCGACAACCUGCUGCGGACCGAGGAGCGCUACGCCGUCACCGCCAACUACUUUGGCACCGUGCAGACCGAGGUCACGCCGCACAUGCGCCGCCUUGUCGCCGAGUGGAUGCUAGAGGUGUGUGAAGACCAGGGAUGCCAGGAGGAGGUGUUUCCACUGGCGAUAUCUUACUUGGAUCGGUUCCUGAGCACGUGCGCCGUGAGCAAGAGCCAAGUCCAAUUGCUGGGCACGGCGUGCCUACUGCUGGCGUCCAAGCUGCGCGAGCCCGGUUCCCGCGCGCUGCCUGCUGAGCUGCUCGUCUUCUACACUGCCAACAGCAUCACACUGGCCGACUUAUGUAGUUGGGAACUGCUGGUGCUGUCGAAGCUAAAGUGGGACGUCGCGGGAGUGACAGCUCACGACUUCCUGCCGCUUCUGCUCUCGCGGCUACCACUGCGUGGCCUCGUCAACACCGAAAUGGUGCACAGACACGCGCAGACUUUCAUCUCGCUAGCUGCUAGAGACUACGAGUUCACGCUGUACUCGGCGAGCACACUGGCGUCGUGCAGCAUCGCGGCGGCAUUGCGCGGCCUCGGCCUCGACGGCCAUCUGCCGCGGCUGCAUGAACUCACGCGCAUUGAUUUGGACUGUCUCCAAACAUGCCUGGAGCAGAUAGAGGAGAUGGUGCAGCACAUGAUCGAGGAGGGCAGCACGGGGAACCCAAACGGGCAGGCACGCGAGGCCGCGGCCUGGACGCCGCCGCCGACGCAGGACAAGAGCCACAGUAACGCCGCCACGCCCACGGACGUGCGCGACGUGCACUUCUGA